AUCGGUUCGACUGGUUCAGUUCAGAGAAUCGGCUCACAAGAACGAUUCACUCGCGACUCGACCAGCGCUAGCGGAAACGUCAUGAAGUGACAGCAGCAGCAGCGCGCCGUGAGUCGAGCGCUCGCCCCGUUCUCCGUUCUCCGUUCUCGGACGAAAUACAGCGUCCGUUUGGUCGAUCAGACCUCCGAUUCCCGGCCUAGCCAUGGACGAGCAGGCGGGCCCUGGUGUGUUCUUCAACAACAACAACAACUCGGUUCUUCCCGGCGGAGCGAAAGCGCUUCAACCGGGCGACGGCGACGGAGAAACGGCCCGCGCUCAGUACAGUAUCCCGGGGAUUUUACACUUUCUGCAGCACGAGUGGGCCCGGUUCGAGGUGGAACGGGCGCAAUGGGAGGUGGAGCGGGCCGAACUGCAGGCUCAGAUUGCGUUCCUGCAGGGUGAGAGGAAAGGCCAGGAGAACCUGAAGAAGGAUCUGGUGAGACGGAUAAAGAUGCUGGAAUAUGCUCUCAAACAGGAGCGGGCCAAAUACCACAAGCUGAAGUAUGGGACGGAGCUCAACCAGGGAGACAUGAAGCCACCCAGCUACGACUCAGAUGAGGGGAACGAGAACGAAGCUCUUCCUGAACCACCCAACAGUCAGCUGAGCUGGAAACAGGGACGACAGCUGCUGAGACAGUACCUGCAGGAGGUGGGCUACACCGACACCAUCCUGGAUGUGAAGUCUCAGCGGGUCAAAGCGCUGCUCGGUCUGGCUGGAGACAGCGGAGAGACACCCGGAGACAAGCGCAGCGAGCCCAUGGUGAACGGGACCGAGCCGGCCUCGCUGAAGGACAGCACCACCACCAUGAUCGGUAAAGCGGAGAUGACCGGCUCCACCACGGUGCUGGAAGCCUUCAAGUUCAUCGAGAAAGCUGCCGCAGAGUUCAGCGAUGAAGAGGACGAUGACGACAGCGAGGGACAGAACAAGAGCAUCGUGGACCUCUCCACCAUGGUGAGGAGGAAGGUGUCUCCGUCUCCCUCCUCUUCCUCAGCUGACAUGAGCGACGACUUGGACACGGAGGAGGUUCUGAAGGGCUUCGACUUUCUGGCCAAUAGUGAGGACAUGGAGGGUCCGUCUGAAGCGCCGUCCUCUGGAGAGCGAGCCGAGUGGGAAAAGCAAGAGCAGAGCCCCUCGUCUGAGUCCUGGGACGUGGAUGAGGGUCUGAUCUCUAAACUCAAGGAACAGUACAAGAAGGAGCGCAAGGGCAAGAAAGGGGCGAAGAGGCCGAACCGCUGUAAGCUGCAGGACAUGUUGGCUAACCUGCGUGACGCAGAGGAUCUGUCGUCUAUCCAGCCGCCGGUGGCUCCUCCGGUCCGUCCCAGCCUGCCCCGCCUCAACGAGCCCCCGCUGGGACGCACCGACGAGGUCGAAGCCCUGACGUUCCCCCCGUCCUCGGGAAAGUCCUUCAUCAUGGGAACAGACGAGACGCUGGAGAGCGAGCUGGGUCUCGGAGAACUGGCCGGACUCACUGUGGCCAACGAGGCCGAGAAUCUGUCCUACGACAUCACUAAUAAUAAAGACGCCCUGCGGAAGACGUGGAACCCCAAGUUCACACUCAGAAACCACUUCGAUUCGAUCCGCGGUCUUGCGUUUCACCCCAUCGAGCCGGUUCUGAUCACCGCGUCUGAAGAUCACACGCUCAAAAUGUGGAACCUGCAGAAAACCACCCCGACCAAGAAGUGCGCCGCUCUGGAUGUGGAGCCCAUCUACACGUUCAGGGCUCACAGGGGUCCGGUUCUGUGUGUGGUGAUGAGCUCCAGCGGUGAUCAGUGUUUCAGCGGCGGUUUGGAUGGGACCAUUCAGUGCUGGAACACACCGAACCCCAACAUCGAUCCGUACGAUUCAUACGAGCCGUCGGUGCUGCGGGGGGCGCUGUCGGGACACACAGAUGCAGUCUGGGGUUUGGUCUACAGCUCAGCUCAUCACAGACUGCUGUCGUGCUCCGCCGACGGGACGGUGAGGCUGUGGAGCGCAGCGGAUACCACGCCCGCCAUCGCUGUCUUCAACGAGAACAAAGAGCUGGGCGUCCCGUCGUCGGUGGAUCUGGUGUGCAGUGAUCCGGCUCACAUGGUCACAGCCUUCACUAACGGCAGGAUGGGCAUCUUCAACAUGGAGACCCGACAGCUGGUGCUGGAGCUCGAGUCGCAAGCCACCGGAAUACCCGAUGCGCCGUGUCAGAUUAAUAAAGUCCUCAGUCACCCGACGCUGCCCAUCACCAUCACAGCACAGGAGGACCGACACAUCCGAUUCUACGACAACAACACAGGCAAGUUGAUUCACUCUAUGGUUGCUCAUCUGGAUGCUGUCACCAGUCUUGCGGUGGAUCCCAACGGUCUCUAUCUGAUGUCUGGUAGUCACGACUGCUCGGUGCGUCUGUGGAACAUGGAGAGCAAGACGUGCAUCCAGGAGUUCACGGCUCACAGGAAGAAGUUCGACGAGUCCAUCAACGACGUGGCGUUCCACCCCACCAAGUGCUACAUCGGCAGCGCGGGAGCCGACGCCCUCGCCAAAGUCUUCGUAUGACCUUCGACCUUUGACCAAAACUGCUUCCGCAAACUGAUGCACGGUGAGGCCUGAACUCGCUCUGAUGAUCCGGGCAGGCCUGGGUGCUGGAGGGGAGGUCAACAAACACGGAGGAACCUCCAGACCUCCUCCGUUCAGCCUCACAGGAAGUUGGGUGCUUCCCACACUUCUGCAGUUUUAGUUCUCUCUGGUUUUCCCGUCUUGCGUUCGCUCCUUUUUAACGACGUGCCUUUUGCUACAAACAGUCUUGAGAAACGCGGAUUCCCAUAGAGGGAAAACGACCCCGUCGAUGUUUUGAACUCACCAAAUGCGUCAAAUUAUUCAGGUUUCUCACAAAAUCUCGAUGGGAUACACGUGAAAUUAAAUGCAUUGAAUUAAAAGACUCACAUUUAAUGCUUCUCUUGUCUGGCAGACAAUUAAUUCAAAUUGUACAUAACAUAACAUAAAAAUAACUUGCCGUACUAAAUUUCAACACGUUUGUGUCCAAAUAUAAAUCCACCAUCGUCCGACUCAUUUCGCCCCAAAAUCAAGAAAAUAAAGCCUGUUUUUUGCGUUGUGGCAUUGUUUAUAAAAAGUCAGAAUGUUAAACUAUUAGGUCUAGAAACAGGCUUCACCUUCUUUAUAAUUCUGUGAUUUUGUGGUGAAAUACGUCCUGGAUGAUGUUCUUGAGAUUCAAGCGUCAACUCUAAACACUCCAAAGCCGUUCACCAUCAGGACGUACGUCUCAAUUCAGUGCUGCGUUAAAUAUUUAAGCUGUUAUUUUACGCAUAAACCUGCAGUUUCUCCUGAGGCUUUGCAGUCGAUCCAGUAAAACUCGCCUGUUCUGUGAAAUCAUCUCAACAUUGUGAUGUACCAACAAACAUGGAGGCAAAAUUUUAGAUUUAGAGCCGUUACUGAAUAUUCGUUGAACUUAGUCAAAGUGAUAAUGCGCAGAAGUCUUAUAAUAGUUUGAAUGUGUUGCAGUUUUUGACAAGCUGUACUCAAAAGUACAAUGAUUUGGAAGUCUAUAUUUGUCUGAAAUCUGUUGUAAUGUUUAUUUAUUUUUUGCCUUUUUUUUUUUUUUUUACUUGUUUUGCCUGUAAUGCCAAAUGCAUUAGGAUUUCGCUUCAGGACGGGACGAGCGGCUACGUUACGUACAUAAACACCUUCAUCUGACGUCAGUAUCGCUCACUCAUCCUCACCUUCUCUACCUGCACAGGUGGUGGUUUGUGUAUUAGAUUUGAAAUCUAUUUUAUAUGUAAUAGUUUGAAGCGGAUACUAGUGUUUUUUAUCAUUGUGUGACUGGUGACCGAGGUUGCAAACAGAUCGUAACCCGAGUUUCCUGCAGGUUGAAGUUUUUUAUUUAAACUCUUCUGGUUUAUUUGAAUUUGUCUGUGAUUACUUGAACUAUCUGGGUGUGCGUGUGUGUUUUUAAAUGCUAGGGUAGAGAUUUUCUGCUUUUAUCGGGAAUCGUUUGCCUUUAACUGAUGACAUGAGCACUACAAGACGAGUGGAGUGUUUGUGCGUUUCCUUCAGGUCUGUGAAAAGUGACGCGAGUUUGCUUCUCUACCAAAUGAUGAUAAAGGACUAGUUUAGACAAACAUGAAAUCCAUCACUGUUUACUCACCUUCAUGUCACUGCAAACCUAUGGAAGCUUGUUUCUGACACAGGAUAAAGACAUGUCGGAAAAACUCGCAAUUACUUGUUUUUCUCAGAAAUUAUGGGUUUUUAUCUUACAAUUGU